UUACACUUCUCAAUAUAUUUCACACACACAAAAAUGUACUAAAGGGAAAUAAAACAUAGAUGAAUAAUAAAAGGAGUGUUUUUCUAAAUGAGUCAUAAUAAUGAGUGAAAAACUAAGAGCACAUGAUGAAAUCAGAGGUCAUGCUGACCACAGUUGCAGUUCCUCGUCAUCUCCAGCAGAUGUUGCUCAACAACCAACAAUUCUCGAAAAUAUAAACCCACUCCUUCCACCAAACCCGAGCGUGAAGAAGACAGGUGCCAUUUGGGAAUUGGAACAGAACAAGCCUGUGUGUGUUUCCAUCUGAGUGCAUCGCUCUUACCCUCUCAGUAGCCUGCUAGUGUGUGUGCGUGUCUCAGUCUGUGUUGUCACUGUCCUCCAACCUACUCCCAGCUCAGCAUGGCCAGAUUUACACAGAGUGAAAGCAGAAGGCAUCAGCAGCAGCACCAUCCCCAGCCGCCUCAUCCCGCCCCCGUCAACCUGCUUCUACAGCAGCCGCUCUUACUUAUCCCCCAUCAGCAUCAGCUCGAUCACAGCCCUGUUCCGAAGCCCAUGAACGGACCCGAAACCGUCUCCAUGCACACGGACAGCGGCGCCAUGAAAGACCAGGACGCCAUCAAGCUCUUCAUUGGACAGAUACCGCGGAACCUUGAGGAAAAAGACCUGAAACCUCUCUUUGAGCAAUUUGGGAAAAUCCACGAAUUGUCUGUUCUGAAGGACCGAUACACAGGCAUGCAUAAAGGAUGUGCGUUUCUCACCUACUGUGCCAGGGAGUCUGCCAUCAAAGCCCAGAAUGCAUUGCAUGAGCAGAAAACCCUACCUGGGAUGACUCGUCCCAUCCAAGUGAAACCAGCUGACAGUGAGUGUCGUGGAGAGGACAGGAAGCUGUUUGUGGGGAUGCUGAAUAAGCAGCAGACUGAGGAGGACGUGUAUCGCCUCUUUGAGCCCUACGGUGCCAUCGAGGAGUGCACCGUGCUAAGAGGUCCUGACGGAAACAGCAAAGGUUGUGCGUUUGUGAAGUUCUCUACUCACUCUGAAGCUCAGUCUGCCAUCAGCUCCCUGCAUGGGAGUCAGACGAUGCCUGGAGCGUCAUCCAGCCUGGUGGUGAAGUUUGCAGACACAGACAAGGAGAGAACCCUACGGCGCAUGCAGCAGAUGGCUGGACAGUUUGGCAUGUUUAACCCCUCUGUCUCUCUACCCACGUUCACUAGCUACAGCAGCUACACACAUGCCUUGAUGCAGCAGCAGCAGGCUGCGGUGAUGGCUGUGUCUCAGGGGGGCUACCUGGCCCCCAGCCUCUCCUUCCCCUCCGCCCAGCUCCACCAGGUGGGGGCGCUAACCAUGAAUGGCCUGCCGCCCAACCCCCUCAACUCCGUGUCAGUGAGUUUGUAUUCCCCCACUGCAGGUCUGAGCUCCCCUCCGUCCACCAUGCCCUCCUCCCUGCCCAAUCUGGUGACCCCCAUGAUGAACGGGUAUACGGGCCUCGCCCCCCAGGCUAACGUGCACCCUCUGGAGACCCUCUACACCAACGGCCUGCCCCCCUACUCCACCCAGAGCCCCACUGCUGCAGACACACUGCAACAAACCUUUACUGGGGUGCAGCAAUACACAGCCAUCUACCCAGCGACUACACUGACGCCUGUAGGUCAGUCUCUGGCACAGCACCCUCAGGUCAUUGGCCAACAACAGAGGGAAGGUGAGGGACCAGAGGGAUGUAACCUGUUCAUCUACCACCUGCCCCAGGAGUUUGGGGAUAACGAGCUGAUGCAGAUGUUCCUGCCUUUCGGCAAUGUCAUCUCCUCCAAGGUAUUCAUGGACAGAGCCACCAAUCAGAGCAAGUGUUUUGGCUUUGUGAGCUUUGAUAACCCGGGCAGUGCCCAGGCUGCCAUCCAGGCCAUGAAUGGUUUCCAGAUCGGCAUGAAGAGACUAAAGGUGCAGCUGAAACGUCCCAAAGACGCCAGCCGUCCCUACUGACACCCCACAGCAAAGGUUUAAACAGAAGUAUGGAGGAUGUCUUUGAUGGAAUAAGACAUUUCAUGAAGGAACAAACUCAAAAGUAAUUAUGUUUUUAAAACAAUGGAAAAUAGACUUCAAAUGGGAGUUGGGAAGAGAUAUACUUUCAUCUUCAAACAUAUCUGACUGGGAGAGGACAGGACUCGCAGCUCUGCAGCAGUGAAAGUUUGGUAUUACAGACAGAGAGCAAUGGGAUAGAACAAGACUUUCAAAACAAAUAUUUUUUUUGUUUUUUUGUUGAUACAAACAGAAACAACUUUGAACAAUUCAGCAUCUUUGGAGACUUGGUAGUGAAGAAGAACACCACAAGCAGACUAACAAGCAAUGCUAAAAAGGAUAUGGAUUUCUGAUAGACUCAAAAAGCAUAGUAAACAAGAGACUUCAGGUUUUUCCUACCAUGUAAUGAACGAAUAAGGGUUCAAACUUGAUCUGAGGAUGCCCAGUAUAUCUGGGAAGAGAUUAUUUAAAUUGUUCUUUCUUUCUCUCUCUUUCUCUCUCUCCUCUUUAUCCUUUCUCUGUGAGUCCCAAACUUGCAACUUUCUCAAGUUUCCAUAGCAACCAAGCGAACUGCACCCCCUUGGGAUCGGAGGACCAAAUGUUUUUCUCUUUCUCUUUAAUAGUCAUGUACAAAAUACUAACAAUCAUAAUACAAUAACAGUAUACUGCUUAGUUUAGUGCAAACUAACAUUGAAAAAUAAUUGAAAUGCAGUAUUCUACUGUAGUUGAAUACAUAACAGUGACAGAAAGGUUAUUUAGGUCAGCUGACUACUAAGCAGUAUGUAAAUGUGAAAUUGGAUCAUGUAGCAGUCAGUGGGGGAGAAUGUUGCCACAAGCUCUUUCUGAGGGCUGGAAUAGAUAAUGGAGCAGUUGUUUUGUUGAAAACCACCUCUUAUCAUCUGUUUACUGGUACACUUCAUCUUUGAUCCUUGAACUAUUUGAGUUCUGUCUCCCUCUGUGCAGCAACCACUCUGUUCUAUUCAAAGAUGCCCAUAGGUACAGAUCUAGGAUCAGCUCACUUUACCUGAAUAUUAACCUUAAAGCUGGAAUCCGUUGUGGUGAAACUGCCCUUGUCCGUUUGCAAUAUUACAACAACAAACACAUUACUUCGAACAGUGAAGUAACGUGUUUUUCUCCUCUGACAUCAUUACAUGCACUAUUCUGCCUAUAGAGCAAAGGCCAUUGGAUCACAUUUUGCUUCAGAAGCUAACUGCAGGUCUCGGGUCAGGGGUUAAAAAAAUGAUGUCAGGUGUGCCACAUGGAGUAGAAUGACUAAUACUAUACUGUCAUGUAUAGUGUAAUGUUAUUGGAGUAUAUCUAAUACAUAAAGUAUAAAUCCAUAAAUCCACUGAUCUUAGGUCAGCUUUCUGGUUUAGGUGCUUAAUGUUUUAAGUUAGGAUUUGGGGAGGGACAGCUGAUCCAAGAUCUGUGUCUACUUUGUUUAGCCAGUAGACUUCGGAUUCUUCCUGGUCAGGUCACAUUCUCAUGAAAAACUCCUCCCCCUUACAGUAGCACAGAAAAACACUAGUAUGGCACAAGUUAGAAGUUGUUUAUUGCACAAGCUAUUUUAUCAUUGUAUAACAGGGGUGUCAAACUCAUUUUGCGAUGGGGCCACAUUCAGUCUUCAAUGAGAUCCGGAGGGCCGCAGUGAAAAUUGCUUAUAUUUCACCGGCGUCUAAAUGUUCAAUAAAUUGUCCUCUAUCCAUCGUUUGUUGAAUUUUCGUUGCUCCCUGACUGUCUAGCAGUCAUUUGGGUGAUUAUUAGCUCGCUGGACAAAGUAUAUUGAGUUUGUUUUCCUACACACAAAAAAACAAAAACAAAUAAUUUUUGACUCAAAUCACCCACAAGCCAGAUUGGACCCCCUCGUGGGCCGGAUGCGCCCACAGGCCGUAUGUUUGACAUCCCUGGACUACACAAACUCGGGAAAAGCAGGUCUGGUUAAAUCCGGACAGUAAACUGUCAGGGAAGGUGUCAUCAACAGCAGCACAGAGUAGAAAGCCGUUCGAUCCAAUUGAGUCUGACAACGUCCGACAACCAUUACAGUUUAGCAGGUGUCUGCUUGCAUUUGGGUGAAUGUUUUAUUUAGUUUGGAGAGACAGAGAGCACAGACACUACUUUAUUGGGAGAAAACAUGAAAUUGGCUUUUAAAGGGCUAUAGAAGGUCCAAUUGUGAGAACUAGUCAUUCAUUGUGCUGUGUAGGACAGGUUGGGAACAUUGUCACAGUACCUCCCUCAGGGAACACUAGAAACCAACAGAGGAACAUAAAAAAAAACACUCUAAAAUGCACAGGUGACGAUUCCAAGAGACACUAAAAUGCACCGGUGACAAUUCUAAGAGACACUCUAGAAUGCAGUGGUGACAAUUCCAAGAGACACUCUAGAAUGCAGUGGUGACAAUUCCAAGAGACACUCUAGAAUGCAGUGGUGACAAUUCCAAGAGACGCUCUAGAAUGCAGUGGUGACAAUUCCAAGAGACGCUCUAGAAUGCAGUGGUGACAAUUCCAAGAGACGCUCUAGAAUGCAGUGGUGACAAUUCCAAGAGACACUCUAGAAUGCAGUGGUGACAAUUCCAAGAGACACUCUAGAAUGCAGUGGUGACAAUUCCAAGAGACACUCUAGAAUGCAGUGGUGACAAUUCCAAGAGACACUCUAGAAUGCAGUGGUGACAAUUCCAAGAGACACUCUAGAAUGCAGUGGUGACAAUUCCAAGAGACACUCUAGAAUGCAGUGGUGAGGGAGGGUUUUUUUUCUCUCUUUUUCUUUCAUUUUUGGUCAUCAUCACAUCUUCAAGAGUGAACCCUAUUUUCACUAACUCCAAGGGAAUGUUACUGCCUAUUUUGCUUACAGACAAUUCCUGACCCAAUAUACCCUGAGAGAUACACAGAAUAGCACGUUUCACAGAACAGUCCUAAUGGUACACUGAACAUGACUACUGCUCCAAAUAUCACUGACUAUUGCUGUGAGUUGGAAUGUCCCCUCCACUUCUAUCCUAUAUGGUGAGCACUGUCUGUCAAUCAUGCUGUGAGGCUGGACAUAAGGACCAACAUAUAAUUAAUUUGUUUGUCAUCUUGUAAUAGCAGAAGAUACUAUCAAUCAUAUCAUAAGUGAAGUUGCCAAAUAAUAUUUAAUCUAUCUAUGAAUUCUAAUAUGUAAAUGUGAUUAUCUUGUAACAUUCCAGGCCAGUUGGCAGCUGAGAGAUAAAUAUGAAGUAGCUAUUUUAGUUUUAUCGAUAUUAGUUUAUUCACUGUGCACAGAAUCAUAAACCAACUGGACAUAUGGGUAUACCAAUGAAAAUGUAUAUUCAAGAUGUGUAUUAUACAUUGAUUUAUUUUCAUGGGUUUUAAUCAUUGUCAAGUUAUAGCUUACUUCUUAUUAGCUGCCAGCCUUCUAUUCCCUUGUAUCCGCGUGUUGUUUCCUCACAGAGAUAUAUCAAAGGAAGAAAUGGGACGUUUUGUUUAGGGUCAAGGGUCAACUCCAUUUCAAUCGCUUGUCAGUCGAACUGGACAAUACAAUUUCUCUAUGGGACAGAAGUUAAAUUCCUGUAUUGACUGUUAAGACAACACUGUCAGCUUUAAUGAUGCAUGCCUCUGUGAAAAGUUUACUGACCAGCAGCCUCUCAACACUGUCAGCAGCGUAGUAAUAUAAUUAUUAGUGAGGGGGAGCAGUCAAAUUGCUUUGGUCUGAGGGUCAAAAACCCUUCUAGGAAUUAUAUUUUUAUGGUAAGCAGAGCUUGGCCUGCGACUGAUGCAGGAAGAAAGUCAGUCUUGAUGUUUGAUCCAGAUCCUGAGGUAAUAGCAGUAGUCCUAGUUGCACUAAGAGACAAGCAGUGCACUACAGUGACUUGACAGGUUAUUUGACCUUUGCUCAUCCAAUAAAUAUAAAGCAGUAUCCUGAAGGCUAAAUGCUAUUAUUGCCAAGAAGAUGGUUGGAAAUCUAUGUGUAUAUUUCCAUGUUUUAUUCAGGUUCUGGGGUUAUAUGCUUUUCGGGGUUUGGGGUAUAUAAAGAUAGUUUACUGUGCUUUUUCUAUAUGCAUUUAUUAACUACUACCUGAAUGAAGCCAUGUUACUUUCAAUCAAAUGACUACAUGUAUACUUAGCAUUCCUACUGCACUACCUCUAUAAGGUGAUGUGUAUAUAAAAAACAAAAACGUAUAUUUUCAUUUGAUGAUUUAUUAUGAGUUUGUGUGUUUACUGCCAAAAUCCACCUACAUCCAUCCUUACUGCUCAACUAGAGGCUUGGGGAUUUGGACGAUAAGGUGACUUGGAUAAUGGGAGGGAGUGGGGG